AAGCCGCCCUACAGCUACAUCGCGCUCAUCACCAUGGCCAUCCAGAACGCGCCGGACAAGAAGAUCACCCUGAACGGCAUCUACCAGUUCAUCAUGGACCGCUUCCCCUUCUACCGGGAGAACAAGCAGGGCUGGCAGAACAGCAUCCGCCACAACCUCUCGCUCAACGAGUGCUUCGUCAAGGUGCCGCGCGACGACAAGAAGCCAGGCAAGGGCAGCUACUGGACGCUGGACCCGGACUCCUACAACAUGUUCGAGAACGGCAGCUUCCUGCGGCGCCGGCGGCGCUUCAAGAAAAAGGACGUGCCCAAGGAGCAGGAGGAGCGCGCGCGCCUCAAGCAGCCGCCGCCGGCGCCGUCCACGGGCGCCCCGGCCGCGCCCCCACUAGCGGCCGCCCCCAAGGAGGCCGAGAAGACGGUGGUGGUCAAGAGCGAGGCGGCGUCGCCGGCGCUGCCGGUCAUCACCAAGGUGGAGACGCUGAGCCCCGAGAGUGCGCUGCAGGGCAGCCCGCGCAGCGCGGCCUCUACGCCCGCCGGCUCCCCCGACGGCUCGCUGCCGGAGCACCACGCAGGCGCGCCCAACGGGCUGCCCGGCUUCAGCGUGGAGAAUAUCAUGACGCUGCGAACGUCGCCGCCGGGCGGCGAGCUGAGCCCCGCGGCCGGGCGCGCGGGCCUGGUGGUGCCGCCGCUGGCCCUGCCCUACGCCGCCGCGCCGCCCGCUGCCUACGGCCAGCCGCGCGCGCAGGGCCUGGAGGCUGCGGGCGCCGGGGGCUACCAGUGCAGCAUGCGCGCCAUGAGCCUGUACACCGGGGCCGAGCGGCCGGCGCACAUGUGCGUCCCGCCCGCGCUGGACGAGGCCCUCUCGGACCACCCGAGCGGCCCCACAUCGCCCCUGAGCGCCCUCAACCUCGCCGCCGGCCAGGAGGGCGCGCUCGCCGCCGCCGGCCAUCACCACCAGCAUCACGGCCACCACCACCCGCAG